AGAAAACUACAUGGAAAUAUAAAGAAUUAUCGAUGGUUGCACGGGCUUAGCGAUGGAAGGCAAUGGAGAGGAAGUUUCCGAGGAAAAGCCAACUGACCAGGCGGCUGAAGCUUUUGCAGGCGGCGGUGACGGAGCGGCGAAAGGGAACUCUUCAGAAAACCGGCCGCAGGUGAGUGGCAGUGCUGGGGGCGAACACUAUGGUGAUAAGCAGAUAUUCGUGGAGGAUGACAAAGUGACAACGGCGAAAACUAAAACAGAAGUUGCUAGAGACGAAUCCGAGGAAGUUCAAGCCCAAGAGACAGUCGUAUCACCGUCGAUUAACACAACAGUGGGAAAACGAGGGCAAGAUAGAACAACAACAACAGACGUGGACACAUUGACAGAAAAUAAGAAAAACACGAUGAAGCAGGCGGGUGAUAAGAACGACUCUUUGAUAAGUGUUGAGAUACGAGAAAAAAUGCAUCCGGACGAAAUUAACCCAUACGAUUCUAUAUCAAACAUAAGGUCAUAUCCCGACCGAAGUUCAAAAGAUACAACAAUUAUACAAAAAACAGCUAACGCCGGUAAGGGAGAGACAAAAAAGCAGCAUGAUGGCAUCAAACCAUCACAUAGUCAAAACAAUGCGUCUCCCACGAAAGCACCCAAAAAGAUAAAGAAGGGAAUAUUUAUAUCGUAUUCACCAGAUGCUGGUUUUCUGGAGAGGAAAUUUGUGGUUGAAACCGUCAGACAAUUGAAAGAGAACAAUUUGGCCGAGGAUAUAUGGUUUGAUAAAGAUGAGAAAAAUACAGACAGCCCUUGUUGGUUCUCAUUGAGAAUGGAAGCUGUAGAGAGAUGCAGGGCAGCUAUUCUGGUUCUGUCAGACAGUUACUUUAUGUGUCCAGUGUCUGUGUAUGAGGGAAAAGUUUUACUGGAUAGACUGAGGUCUGACCCAGGAUGUGUUCGAGUAUAUCUUGUGCUCUUUAGCAAGCUUGAAAACACAGAGAUUCCAAAACAGUAUGACAGAUUGCUCAGUAACCUUGUUGAUUUGACAGAUCCAAGUCACAUUAAAGUCAGCUUAGCAGAGAAAACUUCCAUUGUGAUUGGUUCGAUCAUGGAAUCACUAGAGAAAUUCGCCAGCAUCAAUACACCUCCAACCCCGACAACUCCCCCAGAUGCGGAAUUCACUGGCAAUUACAAGAAGAAAAAAAUAUGCCAGUGGAGUGUGAAUGAUUUACAGGAGUGGCUGUUCAAGCUGGGAAUUAAGGAAUUUUAUCGGCAGAGUUUAGCGGAGCACAUGGUAGAUGGUUUUCUUCUUAUGUCUCUCACAGAUCACGAUAUGAUUCACCAUCUUGGUAUUGACAGUCGAGUGGUAAGGAAAAAGAUCAUGCAGCAGAUUUUACAGACAUUAGACAAAGAACACAAGCAGGCUGACAACUGGCAUUUGAGGGCACGGGCACAACGUCCUAAGACGGACCUGGUCUAUUUGAUAUACGAUCCAGCAGAUGUGAGACUGGCUCAGAACAUGAAAGCAGAUCUCCGGAGGAAAAAUGUUCAGGUGAUUCAUCACGACAGUUUACGUCUGGGUAAAUCUAAGGAGGAGUUCCUCCAGAUCAAUGGGCCGAACAUUGCCACAGCCACUAAUGUCAUCGUCAUUAAAACGGAGGCCACAACAUCCUCGCCCUUUGUGUUUCAAGAGGUAAUGUUUGCGGAUUGGCUGGGGAAGAAACUGGUCACAGCUUUGUUCAAGAACACAUGGGGUACGAUGAGGCCAUCACUGAAGGCAGUAUUAGGAGAGUGCCCUGCUGUUGACUUUGAGACCAAGAUGUAUGCAGAAUCUCUGGAUGUGUUAGAGCACCAUAUCAAGCCAUUGCGGCGCGUGCCAGGUGUUGUCCUGGAACAGGCCUACCUGAACAAAAUGGCAGAUGGCUUGAAGCCUUUAGAAAUACUGGCUUGUUCUAAAAUUCCAGCAGACAUACCGCUGUGGUCGACAGAUGACGACCCGAAGGUGUUCAUCAGCUACCAGUGGGACAUGCAGGACCGUGUGGAGGAGAUCAAGCAGACGCUGGAGAAGUACGGCUUCUCAUGCUGGGCGGACAUCCAGAUGACGCAGCGUGGUCACAGCAGCAUGAGUUGUCGCAGUUCCCUCUCGCACCUGGACACACACAGCGAGUCCCUGCAGGGCCUGAUCCAGCGCAGCAUGAAGACUGCCAGUCUGGUGCUCAGCUGCAUCACUCCCAAGUACCUGCAGAGUGACAGCUGUGCCAAGGAUCUGUCCCUCGCAGACAGCCUGAACAAACCCAUCCUUCCAGUCCUGCUGCGCUUCUCGCCAACAGAGGGCGCUCCACCACAGGUGCGCAAAAUCCUCGCCAAGGUCUCCUUUAUGGAUUUAAGCAAUGACCGCCUGUUUAGACAAAACUUGCCACAUUUAGUAGAGAGGGUUUAUAAAAUGAUCUCCAGCGAAGUGCCUUCCUGAAAGUCAGAAAAUGUCUGUGGAAGUAAUGUUUUUAAAUUAAUUAAUAUUUUUUUAAAUGUAAUGGUUUAUGACAUGGCUGACACACCUUUUGACACACAGGUGUAUUUGUUACACUGUGGUAACAUAUAUUUAUGCUGUUUGAUUUUAAUUUUGUCAGCAGAGCAUUAGCUCUUUACUGCCAAGGUGACUUCAGAUAAAUGUUAGCCUUUCUUUGGGAGGGAAAAUAAUUGAUUAGUAAAACAAAGGCCUCUAUUAAUAAGUUUAAAAUGUAUGUUGGCAUCAAGAUUUAUACAGAGAAUAACACUGACCUAUAUUCCAGAAAGAAAUUCAACUGAGGUAAAGCUUUCAAUGUUGACAUAUCCAGAUGUCAUCUUAUAAAGUCCCAACAUGCUCUGGCCUUAGGUCCAUGGUUGCAUACAGUGGAUAGAUACAUGUGGUAAAUGUGCUUGGCGUAGAGUUCUGACAGUGUUCUAAAACGUCAGCCCCAGGAGCUUGAAAAGUGCAAAUAACAUGGUAUUGUAAAGGAAUCAUUUUCCAGACUUUGAGACUUAAGGCCCAAGGGUGUAAACAAUCAGAAAUGUGUGUACAAGUAUAUACUGUACACUUGUAUACUUGUAUAUAUAUUUACUGAUAUAUCAAGGGAGGUACCUUUUCCUGCACAGUGGACAAUCAGGUCCAAGCUGAAUCGAUCAUUGUCCUCAUGGAAUGCUUCAGUAAUACAUUAGCAGUUUGUCCACGAAACAUCACAAACACAGGAGUGAAUGAUAGAAUUACACCACUUCAUAGGAAUGAACAUUAGAUUUACACCACUUAUAGUCCCAAAUCCCUUUGGGAAAGGUUUCCUGUUCAUAAAUAUUAUGAUGACAAGAGCUCCCUUAUUUUAUAAAACUACAUGACACUUGAGAAUUGGUGCACACAAAAACUGGGAAUUUGUCUUGAAAAUGCUUCUUAGCAUUUCCUGGAGUAAAGAUCUCAUACAGAGAUAUCAGCUUCUAGGUUUAAAUCAUUUCUCCUCCCCACUAGUUUUUGAAUAUUCAGGGUUUUUUUUGUAUUUGUCAACUGUAAUAACGGACAAAAGUAUAAAAAAAAAGCCUGAUCUUGAAGCACAAAUAGUAUUGGUGUUACAUGAAGGACACUAAGCAAAUGCUUAUAUCCAGUAUGGAUCUCCAACCAUCCAAGAAUGUUGGAUUAGGCAAUAGUAAUGCAUGAAAUGAAAAAACGGGCAUUCCCUAAAUCUGUCUUGAUCUUUUCUACUGUUCUGACAAUCAAAAUCAAUUCUGAAGGUGUCUUUUAAAGUUGGUCAUUAUAGCUCUAAAGAUGAUCCAGCUUUGGAUGGUCAUGUGCAGCUAUUUUUCAAUGACUCAAUGAGUUUUAGUGAACAUAACUUUCACUAGGGUCUGUAUGUUAAGUAAAACAUCAGUCCACAUUUUUAGGCUUAUAAUCACAAAUCAUAUUUUUUUUUACUCUUUGAAUACCACAUAGAGUGAUUCAUUAGAGAACUCAGUGACAACAAAAUCAAUCAUCAAACUCCGGUCACUCCCUAAUAUUUGAAAUAUGUUGCCAUGUAAUGUAAGAAGUCAACCUGUUUUGUGUACCCCGAUUCCUCAAUCUUUUAGCACAUGAAAUAUCAACUUUUAGUGCAAUUUUUUCACAUUUUUGGGGACAAAAGAACAUUUGUUGGAUUGGCCAGUUUUCGGGCUUCACAAAAAGUAUAACUGUAUCAGUCGACACAGAAUAAUACGUUCAUAAUAUGCUUGAAGAAAAAACCUUGCAAACAUGCAAAACAGUUAUAGAUUGUAUGUAAACCCAGUGUAAAACUGGUAGAAACAUUUGUGUGAUACCACUGUUAAUCAUGAUCAUGGAGCUCAAAUAUGUCAAUUCUUAAUAAAUAACUGUUGCCGGUUGAAAUUAGAAGUAAAUGUACAUCUUUGUGUUAGAUUGUUUAUUCUGUUAUGUGUGGAUCUAUUGGGUUCUUUGAUGAUUGUAUUUCCCUGCUGUCUCCAGUGUACAUGUAGAACUGACCCAUUCAGAUUAGUAUGCAUAAGCAUGCAAGAACAAUUUUGAAUUGUUUUCAAUGUUUUCUUUGUAUAAGUGAAAAAAAAAAAGAUUUCCAUGGCUUACUUUCUUUAUAUCAUAUCGUCUUCAGAUUUUCAGUAGAUGUCCACUGACUCUAGUGCAUUUUGUCUUGAGAAUGCUUUUAGAUGUAAUGAUUACUUUACUGUAUUCUUUCGUCAGUUUUUUUUGUUGUUGUUCUGCAUUUUGAUUGUUAAUGUGAUUAGUGUAGCAAAUGCAUCGGCUGAACCAUGACAGCAGUACUAUACUGUACACCAUAUUUGUGCAAUGUGUACAUGUAUAUCUACAGCCACUCUCUUCUAUCCCUCUGGCACGUUCAGAUUCGCUGAGGCUGUGCUGAGGUGUCUUAAAACUUUUCCAACACCAACUUUUAUCACAUGAUGUUGUGUGACACAGUAUAUCAGUUAUUAUUUUCCAGAAA